UGUGGUUGUAUCGGUUGUACCCAGUAUUAUAUAGCGAGAAGAGGUAAGAUGGAGAGAAAGAAGAGUAGAGGUGGGACCCAGGCAUCUGUGAGUGAGUGAGUAGUGAGUCCGCAAAGUGAGUAACUUCGAGUUGCACCACGGGACAACUCACAACUCAGUCACUAUAAGAUCGCCAAGUCGCACAGACUUCCAAGUGCUUUUUUAACAAAUUUAUCUUUUAAAUAUUUAAUACCAUGGAAAUUUUUUUAAUCGACAAUAAGGUGGUCAAUUUUUUUAAAAAUUUUCCCGAGGACUAAAAUUAAUUUUGAACUAAUUUUUAGUGAACUUAACUUUUUAAUUGCAAGUUGUAAUUUAAAAUUACGAAGAAAAGUGAGUGAGUGGAUGGUAAAUAGAAGAAGACAAUUCCUCUCCUGUAGGAGAAAGAGGAAGAGAUGAUCCGCGGGCUGCUAGUGGCCGGUGCAAUCACCCUCGCCACAUUAAGUCGGUAUUCACUCGCACAAACGGCGACACUUACAAGUCUAGCGAUAUUUUUGAGCUCAAGUUUGACGCCAAUAGUGACAGCGGCACCUUCUUACAAUCUCGGCGUUCUUUCAGAGUCUAAUAUAAAUAUUAUGGAGACGUGGGAGCAACCUUGCGGUACACCACUGGCUGCAUCUUUAAAACGAUCACCACAAAGGCAUAGUGUUCAUCGUGCUCUUAAAAGAGUAAGAAUACAACUGCGUGUUGCUCAAAAUCAUUUUCGUAAAGACCUCAAAGUUGUACACGAACUUUAUUCAAAGGUGUACAAAGUUUUAAGAGGGCAAUAUCAUCAAAGUUGGUUGCCAAAAAAUCAACUCGAGUGGUACUACAACGAAGUUUGGUGUAAAGAAAAGAGCAAAAAAGCAGAAUACGCGCUUCCAAAACUUCACGAUGCGCUUCAAAGAUUUGCAAUAACUUUUCAUCUACUAAAACGAUUUCGGCUGAACUCGAAUAUCAACGUCGAGUAUACAAUGAACAAACGGAAUGAUAUCAUGGCAGGAAUGCAGAAUGAAGUUCAUAGAAUGCUCUGUGAAGUAGAAACUGCGAUCUUAAACUUAGGCUUGCAACUCCCACAAUCUCACAAAGCAAUAAUAGUAACAUCAAAUUCAGAUUGGGCUAUGGAAGGCGACCUAACAUUGAUGUUAAUCCAAGAUUGGGGUGUCCUCCGACUAUACCAAGCAUUCUUGAACGAUUGGACUAGAGCAUUCCGCAACGCAACGGCUAUCGGGCCCGGAACUUGCGACCCUAAUGCAACGAAGCCUAUUUUCUACCGAGCGAAGCAGAAGAACCCGAAGAAGAAGCGACGAUUGAAGCCCAAAAAGCUGGACCCGAACAAGAAAAAACAGAAUAUUAAAAGUAAUAUUAAUAUUAAUGAUGACAAUAAUAAUUUUAAUACUACUAUUAAUAAUAAUAAUAAUAAUAAUAAUAAUAAUAAUAACACUAGUAACAAUAGAAGUGGUGUAGUUAGGAAUAAUGAAAUAGUCGUGGGAGUUAAUGGCAAAGUUAUUCAUUCUCGUAGACGAGGCGUUAGACAACGAAUGGCUAAAAAUAGACGAAAAAAAACUAGACAUUAACUUUUUUUAAUAGAACCGCGAAUUAUUCAUUAUUUAUUUA